UUCCCAAAGCAAUUCCACAUAUUGAAACUUUCACAUCUUCACACCACCUGGUGUAGCUGAGCCUGCAGUCUGUGAUUUUCUUGUAGCACCAUCUUCAACUUUUCCACCUUGCAAAGAAAGAAAAAAGAAAAAACACAAUAUGGCGGAAGCUUCUGUAGAAUUUCUGCUGCAAAAUCUGAAAGAUCUGCUUUUAUACAAUGCUCAUCUGAUUCUUGACGUGAAGGAACAGGUGAAUUCUCUGUACAAAAAUAUUGAUUUGUUCAAAGCCUUACUCAAGGAUGCUGCAAAAAUCCGUAACAAGAAUGAUUUCUUAAAAACUACAAUGAACCAAAUCAGAGACGUUGUAUAUGAGGCGGAAGAUAUUAUAGACAGAUUUGUUUCUGAGUCAGCUGCACGCAAGGCCCAGGGUAGCAUUGAGAAGACUAUAAAAAAAUUGGGUCACACCAAAGCUCGUCGAAAUGUGGGGAGAGAUAUUGAGACCAUCAGCGCUGAGGUGAAAAAGAUACACGACGACAAGAAGGAGUUUAUACUUAAGGCCCUGCAGCAAGAAGGGGAGGGAUUUGCCGGAAUCCCUAAAAAGAGAGAGGCUCCCAUUGUAGAGGAAGACAACGUGGUGGGCUUUCAAGAUGAGGCGAAAAAAGUAAUCAAACUUCUCACUGAAGGUUCGGAGGAACUUGAAGUUAUAUCAAUUGUUGGUAUGCCUGGUCUUGGUAAGACAACCCUGGCUAAAAUGAUGUUUCGUGAUUCUACCAUAAAAUAUGAAUUCUACAAUCGUGUGUGGGUUUUCGUUUCUCAAGAAUAUAGUAGAAAGGAUGUGUUCCUCAAUAUUCUAAGACAUUUUGAUCCUCCGAGUGAUGACAUGUAUAAGAUGGAUGAUGAGGAAUUAGCUGGAAAAAUUCGUCAUGUUUUGGAGAAAGAGAAGUAUAUAAUUUUCAUGGAUGAUGUGUGGUCUAAUGAGGCCUGGGAUGGUCUCAAAAUUGCUUUUCCGGACAAGAAGAACGGGAGUAGAAUUUUACUAACCACUCGUAUGAAGACAGUGGCUAGGCAUGCUAAACGCAACUUGGAGCCCCAUGAUUUGCGUUUUCUAGAUGAUAAAGAGAGCUGGGAGCUACUCAAAUGGAAGGCACUCCACUCGAAGGAAUGCCCCGAGGAGUUGGAAGGGGACGGAAAGCAUAUUGCCAAAGAAUGUAAAGGAUUACCGCUCGCGAUAGUGGUGAUUGGAGGAAUUCUACGAGAUAAUAAUAAUGAAAUUCAUUGGUGGAAAAAUGUUGCUAGAAGUGUGGAUGCGUAUAUAGUUUCUGACCAGGAGAAAACCAUGGCCAAUUUUAUAGAAAUGAGUUUCAAUCACUUGCCUUAUCACUUGAAAGCCUGUUUCCUCUAUUUUGGGAUGUUUCCAGAAGACUUCCAAAUCCCAGUUUGGAAACUUGUUCGUCUAUGGAUCGCGGAAGGGUUCAUACAGGAAAUUGAGGGAAUAAGUUUGGAGGGUAGAGCAGAGGAGUAUUUAGAGGAUCUUGUCAACAGGAAUUUGGUCAUGGUUGGAGAAAGGAGAUUGAAUGGAAAAAUAAAAACAUGUCAUGUCCAUGACAUGCUACAUGUGUUUUGCAGGAUGCAAGCCGCCGAAGAAAAUUUUUUCCACGAAAUUAAACAGUUUGAUCCAAGUAAAUAUUCACCGUCUGACCAUGAGUGGCAAAAGCACCGUCGUCUUUGUAUUCAUUCUUGUGUUUAUAGCUAUCUCUCUUCAAAACCAAUUGGUCCCAAUGUUCGGUCUUUCUUGUGUUUCUCCUCUGAUGAUUUUGACCUGCCUCCUGCUGAUAUUUCUUCCAUCUCUGGAAACUUUGAAUUGCUCAGGGUGUUAGAUGGUAAAGCCAUUUAUUUCCCUCGUUUUCCUAAUGACCUAACUGAACUGAUUCAUUUGAGGUAUCUCGUUCUCUCGUGUCAUUUCAAGAUUCUUCCUGAAACCUUUUCCAGACUUUGGAACCUGCAAACUGUUAUAGUUCAAACGUCAUCACGAACUCUAGAAAUCAAAGCAGAUAUAUGGAAGAUGAUGAGACUGAGGCAUCUAAAAACAAAUAGCAAUACAUCCUCAUCUCUGCCGGUCCCUCUUCUUGCUAAUAAAAGUACAAAUGCAGAAGGUUCUCUGAUAAAUGGAAAUGUAAGAACACUUUCUACACUAUCUCCUCAAAGUUGUACACAAGACAUCUUUGCAAGGAUUCCUAACCUAAAGAAAUUGGGUAUUCGUGGCCCACUAGCUAAUCUUUUGAACUCAUUUGACAUUGUGGGAAAACUGGAUUAUCUUGAAAAUCUGAAGCUAUUGAAUGACGUACAUCCUAAGCCGCCAUCUGAAGGAAAAAUAGCUAGGUUUCCCCAAAAGUACCAAUUUCCACCCAAGCUAAAUAAGCUCACUCUUGAAAACACCCGUCUUGAUUGGAAGCACAUGUCUACACUUGGAAUGUUGGAUAGCCUUGAGAUCCUGAAGUUGAGAGACUAUGCAUUCGAUGGAGAGAGGUGGCAGGCAGAGGAUGGAGGUUUUCGUGUUCUCAAAGUCUUGCAAAUGGGAAGGACAAAUUUAGUUACUUGGGUGGCUUCUGCUCGUCACUUCCCAAGACUCAAGUCUCUUUAUCUUAGACACUGCAGUAAGCUCGGAGAAGUUCCAGUGGGCCUUGCAGAUGUUUCAAGCCUCCAGAUAAUUGAUCUGCACCGUACCAACAAAUCAGCAGCUGCUUCUGCCAUGGAAAUUCAGAAGCUGAAAAAAGCGAUGCAAGGCCAGCAAACCAAUAAAGGCAGGGAAUUUAAGCUUUCCAUUUUUCCUCCUGAUGAGGGUCAAUGAUAUCCGACGUUUGUACAAACUCAAAAUUCUAACUUCAAAGGAAGAUAAUUCGAGGAAUAACAAUGCCAAGGAUCUUGAAUAAGUGAAGUAUAGAUAAAUGGAGACAUAUCACCUCUUCCUAGUCAUUUUGCACUCGUUUGAACCCUUUAUUUUGCUGUAUGUUGAACUCUCCAGAUUUUUAUUUCAUUUCGUUGAAUGUGUUGUACUCCUGAUUUCUCUUUAUUGGAAGUGUCAUACUCCUGAUUUCACUUGACCUUGUUUCUCUCUCUCCGUGUUUGACAGAGGAAUUGUUUGUAUAGUUGCCUAAGAAGAAAAUUCAUAUUGACAGAAAAUUCAAUUA